AUGGAUCAUUUUCUUGACCAGCAACAUCAGCCUUCAACAUCCACUGCUCAGAAUGAAUCUGAAAAACCUGCAACGGUGUUUGAAUAUGUUGAUGAAAAUGGACAAACUGUAUUGAUUGAAGGUGAAUUUCGUAACUUUUCGACUAUAUUUUAAGUAAUAAAAAUAAAUUUUCAGCUUCAAGUUCAUCAAUUUAUGUGGAUGAAGAGGGGAAUACUGUUAUUUAUACCGAUUUAGAUGGACAAGAAGUUGUACAGGAAGAAAUUGUUGAAAUUGAGGUAAGCAGUUUUGUUUUGAAAUUUAGUAAAAGAUUUGUUUUUAGGAAACACCGCGAAAAACAAAUAAAAAUCCAAUAGGAUAUCCCAAAAGCACUGUUUUGUUAACAAAUCAAUGUUUAGAAGCAAAAAGAGCUUCUUUAAUUGCUAAAUCUGGAUCAGCAAAACGAAAACCUGAAAAAGAAACCGAGCAAAAUAUAUUAUCAACUGAAAAUGUAUCAGUUCUCAAUAAAAAUCUUCCUGGGAUGAAAAACAUGUUCAAAGUGAUGGCUGAAUCUGCAAUGAGCAAAGUGAAUUUGAAAACUGCAGGAAUUCCCGAGGAAUUGCGAAAAGAGCUACCAAAAGCUGAAGAAAGAAUUGAAUUGGACGAUGAUCGAGCAGGAACACCUCCGUGUUUGGAGAAGGAAAUUGAUGAAAUUGAAUCGAUCGAGUAUUUUGCAGAUCAUCCAAUUUAUUCAAAAUCAGUGAUUGAUUUCAAAAUGGCGUGUGAAAUUCUCAUUGGAAGUAAAGAUGUUCCUUCAAAUAGAUUAUGUAAAUCAGUUCCAAAUGAAUUCAAAGGGACAGGAACUUUCGUGAUUGAUUUGGAAGAUGGAAGAGGAUGGGAAUAUAAUAAAAGGAAUACUCAUUUGAAUGACAAUAAUGGAAGAUGGGCAACUGCUCAAGGAAAAGUUCGAUAUUAUAAAGAAAAUCAACAAAAUAAUCUUGUUCGAGCAGAUAAUGGAAAAGGAGAAUUGAAUGAUUGGGCAAUGGGAGUAUAUACAUAUAAAGUUAUAUUGAGAAAAUAUGAUAAUGAAGAUACACGUCGAUCGAUAGAAUCUGGUCAAGGAAUGUUUCAGAAAAAGAUAUAUUCAGCAACUUUAGCAAAUGGUGAGAAUGUAAAUAAAAUUAUCAUAACUUAUUCAUGGAUUGGUGGAAAAUCUUGGAAUUAUCUUGAAAAACCGAGAAAAGUUUGGGGGAAUAAUGUUGGUUUACCACAAGUUGCAUCAGCAUUUUUCGAAGGAUUUACGUUGUAUAGUCAUGAAGUUAUUGAUUUCAAUCAAGUUGCUGCUAUUUUAUUAGGUGGAUUGAUCGUUGAACAAAAUAAGUAAGUUAUUAAAAUAUCAUUUAAAAGAAAGUUCUUCAAAGGGUUUAUUUUUGCAGAGUUUGCAGUGCAAUUCCUCUCGGUUAUCGUCAAACUGGAACAUUUGUAAUUGAUAUGAAACGAAUGAAAUACGGACAUUUGGAAUUGAGAAAAGAUGAUAAUGGAUUAUGGGGUAAACCAUCGGGACAAAACAGGUGAAUUUUAGUUUUUAUGAAUCAUAUAACCCUGACUUAUCACAGGUUUUACAAGUUUGCUGAAAAUGGAGAUGCUGUGCGAGUCGAUAAAGGAGGAAAAUUGACAGAUGAUAUUGAUUACGAUGUGAAGUUGUCUUGCAAACGAUAUGAACAUCCACAAGUUGACAAGAAAUUUGUGAGAAAAAUUUAUGUCGCAAAAGGAAAAGAUGAAAGUUUGACGUAAGUUUUGAAUGCGUGUUUUAGCCUGAUUUUCUUUUUUUUUAUAGAUUUGAUGGAUCUCCGGAACUUGGAAUCAUUGUUUAUUAUUGGAAAGGUGAUCCUAUUCCAUUCACUCCAAUUUAUAAACAGAAUGAUGUUUGUGAUGUUAGUUUUCAUUUAUUUUUCUAAUUAUUGUCAAUUUUAUAUUUUCAGCCUCGAAAAAAUAUUGUGGGAGAUGAAGAUGAUGAUGAAUUUGUGGUAACUGAAUCAGCUUCAGAUAUUAUUCAACCAAGAAAACGCGCUCGAAUUGAAGAUGCUUCACAAAGUGUUGAAACAGUUGGAGAAGUUCAUGAUGAUUUUAGAAACGUAAAACUUGAACUUUUGAGAAGAGAAAUUGAGAAUCAGGUAAGAAAGACUUGAUUUCCAAAUAAAAGUUUAUGAAGUUAUUUUUUGCAGGAUCGUUUUUCAUCAAUUCUCGAUCGCGCUGAUAAUAUUUUAUCAAGAUUGGAGCAAAGAUUUCCACACGAAGAACAUGUUAUUGUUGAAGGAACACCAAUUUAUCAUAACAUUGAGGGAGAAGAAGUUGUUAUUGAACAAUUUUCUGAUUCUUUUUUAGAACAUUCUGAUUCCUAA